AGUCAUAGUGGUAACGCUGGUGAGUGGAGGACGCGCGCGCGAGUGUGGCCGUGUUGUGUAUGAGGAGCGACUGGCCCAGUAUCACCCCGCAGGAGAGUAAAGAGAGAGGGGCAGAGAGAGAGAGAGAGAGUGAGAAGAAGGAAGAGGAGAGAGAAGAGAGAGAGAGGUCGCUGCCUUGUCUUGCCUUGUGUCGGUGACUGGAACUGUUUUGUUGUGCACUUACCUCGGCGCUCGUGGAUGGACACACUUUGGAAUACUUUUUUUUGUAUGAUAUCGUUCUCUCUCUCUCUCCGUCAGAAGACAUUUUAUCCAGUGUUGAUUUUAUGAGAUAUAUAUUGUUUUUGUUCGUCCGUUGAUAAACUCGCGUGUUAUUGUUUUGCUCGGCUCUGGACCCCGUAUCCACGCCGCGUGUGUUGUGCUCGAAGGCUCCCUCCCGCCGAUUGGAAUUCUCAAGCUAUUUGGAGCGCAUUCGGGGUCGGCUGCGGACGCCUGCUUAGCCGGGAACAUGCUCCUCGAAGGCUAUGACAUGACGGACAUUGACGGAAGGGUGAUGAACAGCGUGCACCGGGAACCCGACCCGGACGCCAUCAAGAUGUUCGUGGGGCAGAUCCCUCGCUCCAUGGACGAGAACGACCUGCGCAAGAUGUUCGAGGAGUUCGGCGAGGUGUACCAGAUCAACGUGCUCAGAGACAAGGCCACCGGACAGAGCAAAGGUUGUUGCUUUGUGACGUUUUUCACCCGGAAGGCAGCCCUCGAGGCGCAGAACCAGAUGCACAACAUCAAGACGAUGCCAGGGAUGCACCAUCCAAUUCAGAUGAAGCCGGCUGAUACAGAGAACAGGAAUGAACGCAAGCUCUUCAUAGGAAUGCUGAGCAAGCGGUAUAACGAGCAGGACGUGAGAAUGAUGUUCUCCUCCCACGGCACCAUCGAGGAGUGCACGGUGCUGAGGGACGCCAACGGCCAGAGCAAAGGGUGCGCCUUCGUCACCUUCUCGUCGCGCCAGUGCGCCAUCAACGCCAUCAAGAAGAUGCACCACUCGCAGACCAUGGAGGGCUGCUCGUCCCCGCUCGUCGUGAAGUUCGCUGACACACAGAAGGAGAAGGACGCAAAGAGGCUGCAGCAAGUGACACAAAACCUGUGGAAUGUUGCCUCUGCUAACAACAUUGCUGCUCUCGGCCCACAGUACCUCGCUAGAGAGAGAGAGCGCAGGAGAGAGAGCGUUUCCUCAGCUAACAACCUGGUGGCACAAGGGCCUCAGUAUCUGGCUUUGCUCCAGCAGCAGAUGGGUAACUCAGCUGGUUCAGGUGCCACAGCUGGGAGCCUGGCGAGCCAGCUGGGCAGCAUACAGCAGCUUCCUUCCCUCAACAACGUGUCCGUGCAGCAGCUGCUGGCCGCCUCCCAGGGCAACCUCGCCACGCAACAGAUGUUCGAUUCCUCAGGUCUGAGUGGCCUGGGUUCACUGAGCGGUCUGAAUCUGCCAUCUUCAACCAACGGCUCUCAAGAUUCCAACAUCCAGAGUUUGUUGGCUUCCAUGAACUCACAAAAUACAGGGUUGGGUAUGAACGUGCAGAACCUAGCGACUCUGGCGGCUAUGACAGGGGGCAGCACAACGGGACUUCAGGCUCACCAGCCAGCAACAGCAGCUCCAAGAAACAGGUGCAGCAAAUGUGACGACAGGUGUAAGGAAGUUUUGGGCGUCACUCGACAGGUGCAGCAGCUGUGGGGGCGAGACAGCAGUAUAACAUGA